UGAAAGCUGAAGUUGAUGUUGUUGGGUGUGAACAGUUCGCCCGAACCGAGGCGUGAAUUGAGCGCUUCUCCAUUUUCGAAGCGGGUGGUUUCUUUUCGGUCGUUCGGAGCUCGAGAACUGGGCCGGAGGAGAGCCUGUACGGACGGAACAGGAGCGACGGCGGCGGUUUUAAGGGAUCCAGAUCGGUCGGUCGUUGAACAGAGCCGGUCGAUUCGAGCGCAGAGCAAGUCCAGAGGAGAAGCGUUCUUCUUGACUCUGUUGGGGGUCGGAGAAACGAGAUCUUGCAUGGUGUGUGUUGAUACCGAUAUGACCGUACAGGAUCAAGGUGGUAGUGCUCAUUCGAGCAAUAUGAUUGUAGGAAGCAACGAAAUGUCAUUGAGUGAUAGCCUCCACUCGAUAACCAGUAUCUCGCUAAAGGAGCAGUUUUCUUGUGCAAAUGACUAUGCUCCCAAGGUAAGAAAACCUUACACCAUCACGAAGCAGAGAGAGAGAUGGACAGAGGAAGAGCACAAAAGGUUCCUCGAAGCUCUUAAAUUGUACGGUCGAGCAUGGCGUCGAAUAGAAGAACAUGUGGGCACCAAGACUGCUGUUCAAAUUCGGAGCCAUGCUCAGAAAUUUUUCUCAAAGGUCGGUAAAGACUCGACCGAUAGCAAGGUGGAACCCAUCGAGAUUCCUCCUCCGCGCCCAAAACGAAAGCCGAUGCAUCCUUACCCUCGUAAGCUUUUGGUUCACCCGAUCAACACGGAAUGCUUGCCUCAGGAGCAGCCAAUUAGGUCUGGAUCUCCGAAUUUCUCCGUCUCCGAACUCGAGAACCAAUCGCCCAUGUCUGUGUUAUCCACUUUAGGCUCAGAUGGUUUGGGUUCCUCUGGUGCAAGCACACCCAGUGGCAGCUUGUCACCGAUUUCCUCGGGCGAUGCGGCCUGCCGUGCUAGUCUGUCACUCUUUGAACCGUCAGCUAAGGAGAAUGGUCCAAUCACUAGUGAGAAACUCGAGCUGUAUGCUAGGGGAUGUGAGACCUCAGGAGGUGCCGUGGAGGAAGCGCCUUCCCGAACCCUCAAACUGUUUGGCAUGACUGUAUCUGUAACAGAUUCGCAUUGGCAAUCUUCUUCGGCCGUCAAGUCGGAAUUGAAAGAAAUGAAACUUCAAGAUCCUCUUUCUCAGGAUACUGUAUCCGCGACAUCGUCUGCGAAAACAAAUCGGGUACUUCACUUAGUGCAGCCACGGGACACAACCACCGAUCACACGGAAGCUGGUCCUGCUCCUUCAGCGCCUUGGUUGAAUCUUUAUGGCAAUUUGGCAAUCUCUCUCUCGCCGUUUCUCAAUAAAGUGGCUCAGCUAUCUACUUGCGCAGACAUCAACAAAAAUGGGAUUUUGGAAUCCGGGAAUGGCGUAACUUCCAAUGAGUUCCAUAGUGGCUUUGACCUAAAGCUCGGUUUCCUUUCGAAACCGAGCAACACGUCAGCGGCCCCUGAACUAAUGACAAGGCAAGAGAGACAAGGAAGAGGAUUCAUGCCUUAUAAAAGGUGUAUUGCAGAAAAGGAGAUGCAGCCCUUAGGGGCGAUCGGCCAAGAAAGGGAAGUACGAAGAGUACGCCUUAGCUUGUAGUGCCGCGUCCUCGUCGCAGCGCGCUCUUCAGGGCCUUUGAAUCGCAUCUGUUGGUCUGUUGUCCUCGCCUUUUGUUUCACCCCCCAAUCUGUUUAAAAUAUGUAGGUUCCUUAUAAAUGCCCUGUAUUCCCUAAUUUGCCUCAUGUCUAGUUGCUUCCUUUUUGAUUACCCAAGUUAGUGGUGCUUGUUUCUGCAAAAAGAUAAAUUGUAUAAGAGGAGGACCAAUAAAUCGAAUGAAGAAGUCUCGCAGUUUUCUUGUGA